AGUGUAACAUUUCGCCUACAUGCCGGGGGUAAGCUAACGAGCAGGAUGUAGCGGUUCGUCUUUGGACCGUCUUUUUAUUUCUUUUUCGCCUCACCGCGGCCGUCUGAGGUCCGUCUCUCUUCUCACGUCGACGCUGUGAGUAGAUUUAAGGUGAUGGGCGUUUGGGGGACCGCCAUAAAAGCCGACUAACAUCCUAAAAAUGUCCAACAUCCUUAAUGCGACGUCCAAAGUGAAAUGGGACCGCACGGCUGUAGCCAAGCGAGCCGUGUUUCUAGCGGCUGCUGCCUACGGCAUCAAAACACUCUACCCGGUUAUCUGUAGGCAGCUCUGCAAAAAUCAAGCCGACAGACGAGUUGGAAACGGAUCUGCGUGUUCGUUCAAAGACGCUGCCUAUGCAUCAAAGGCGUCCCCUGGGGUGAACGCGGAAUUCUUCAAGCAGAUCCUGGAACUUGCCAAAAUUCUUUUCCCCAAAUUGCUGUCCAAGGAGCUCGCUUUGCUUUCCUUGCACUCUGUGGCUCUGAUCUCCAGGACCUUCCUGUCCAUCUACGUGGCCAGCUUGGAUGGCAAGAUAGUGAAGACCAUCGUGGAGAAGCAACCGAGGAGCUUCAUGAUCCAGCUCAUCAAAUGGCUCCUCAUCGCUAUCCCCGCCACUUUCGUCAACAGCGUCAUCCGCUUCUUGGAAUGCAAGCUGGCCCUGGCUUUCCGCACCCGCCUGGUGAACCACGCCUACCGGACCUACUUCACGGACCAGACCUACUACAGAGUCAGCAACAUGGACGGGAGGCUGGCCAACCCGGACCAGUCCCUCACGGAGGACGUGAUGAUGUUCUCUCAGUCGGUGGCCCAUCUCUACUCCAACCUCACCAAGCCGAUCCUGGACGUGAUACUCACCUCCUACACGCUCAUCCGGACGGCUCGGUCCCGCGACGCCAACGCCAGCGGGCCCACGCUGCUGGCCGGCUUGGUCGUCUUCGCCACCGCUAAGGUCCUCCGGGCUUGCUCACCUAAAUUCGGGAAACUGGUGGCCGAGGAGGCGCACCGGAAGGGUUACCUGCGCUACGUGCACUCUCGAAUCAUCGCCAACGCGGAGGAAAUCGCCUUCUAUCGGGGACACGGUGUGGAGAUGCGCCAGCUCCAGAAGUGCUACGGCGCGCUAGCCCAACAGAUGAACCUGAUCCUCUCCAAGCGCCUUUGGUACAUCAUGAUCGAGCAGUUCCUCAUGAAGUACGUGUGGAGCGCCAGCGGCCUCGUCAUGGUGGCCGUGCCCAUCAUCACCGCCACUGGUUACGCCGACACCGAAACGGCUGACGGCCACCCGCAUCGGAUGGUGAGCGAAAGGACGGAGGCGUUCACCACCGCCCGGAACCUUCUAGCCUCAGGAGGUGACGCCAUUGAGCGAAUCAUGUCCUCCUACAAAGAGGUCACAGAGCUGGCGGGCUACACGGCGAGGGUCCACAACAUGUUUGUGGUGUUCGAGGACGUCCAAAAGGGCGUCUACAAGCGCUCGUCGCUGACCGCCGCCAGCGGAGAAGACAAGAAAAGCAAACCGGGGAUGCACAUUGACGGGCCGCUGGAGAUUAAAGGCGAAGUGAUCGACGUGGACAACGGCAUCGUGUGCGAAAACGUCCCGAUUAUAACACCCAACGGGGACGUCGUCGUGUCCAGCCUCAACGUUAAGGUGGACGAGGGCAUGCACCUCUUGAUCACGGGCCCCAACGGCUGCGGUAAAAGCUCCCUCUUCCGCAUCCUCAGCGGUUUGUGGCCCGUGUACGGCGGGCGCCUCCACAAACCUUCCCCGCAGCACAUGUUCUACAUCCCACAGAGGCCCUACAUGUCGAUAGGGUCUCUUCGGGACCAGGUGAUCUAUCCCGAUUCGGUGGAGGACAUGGCCGCCAGAGGACUUCGCGAUAAGGACCUGGAGGCCAUCUUGGAUAUCGUCAACCUCAACCACAUCGUCACCAGGGAAGGAGGCUGGGACGCCGAGCUGGAUUGGAAGGACGUGCUGUCCGGAGGCGAGAAGCAAAGGAUGGGCAUGGCUCGCAUGUUUUACCACAAGCCGAAAUACGCCCUGCUGGACGAGUGCACCAGCGCCGUCAGCAUCGACGUGGAGGGUAAAAUUUUCCAGGCGGCCAAAGACGCCGGCAUCUCCCUGCUGUCCAUCACGCACAGGCCCUCGCUCUGGAAGUACCACACGCACCUGCUGCAGUUCGACGGCGAGGGCGGCUGGCGCUUCGAGCAGCUGGACACGGCCACGCGCCUCUCGCUCACCGAGGAGAAGCAGCGGCUGGAGAGCCAGCUGGCCGGCAUCCCCGAGAUGCAGCAGCGCCUGCACGAGCUCUGCAAGAUCCUGGGCGACGACUCGGUGCUCAGAGCCGCCCGCGAGUGACGCACGGGAGCGGCUUUGGGGUUUGACCGUCGCCGCUCUUUCGGCCACUCCGUUUUAAAACGCGAACAAAGUCGUUUUUAGAUCAAAAAAAGCCGUAGACCCUGAUAAUAUUAAUGCCAGUUCGUUAAAUAUUUUUAGAAAAAAAAAAAAAACUUAUUUAGUUGAGUAAACACAUGCACUUUUUGUCCAAACAGACAAGGCCUGAUUUUUUUGACACUCCUGCCCUCACUUCAAGGUCGUCGCCACAAGGUGGCAGUAAAAGCAAUAUUUUAUAUUCAACCUUGCUUUGGCCAGAGCACAACAAAACAAUGACUGUCAUUGAAUACACCUAAAAUAAUCAUUUUUCUUGGGCAGGGAUGUCAGAUCAUGAAUUGGCUAAAAUAGGGAGGAGUCAUUUUUUAAUUCUCUUUGUUUUAUCGGCUCCCCAUAUGUAUGUAUUAUUUCUUUUUUAAAUGACCCUAAUUUUAUUGCAAUUUUACGGACCCAGGGUUGAAUUCCGUUUUGAGAACCACUGCUUUAGGCAACAGAGAAGAGCACAGAGUUCCAUUCAUUUCACAAAUUGAUCAUUUGUUUUUAACAGAGCACUUUACUUUUUCAAGUCCGGUAUCCCGAUCCAUUUGACGACAACAACAAUCUGUUAUUGGAGCGGAUAAUGACGCAGGGUCUGACCCCAGCACGGAGGGUCCUUUUGGUUUACCGAACAAACACAAUGCACGAAAGAGGCCCCCUCUCCUGCUGAGCGGGCAGCUCAUUCGCAUGCGUGUCAUGUGACCACCAGUUAAAGAAUCCAAUAUUCUUUCUGUGGUGGAAGCUGGUUGUAAUGAGGCGCGAAGGGAAAUUCCUCCUCCUGCACCAAAAUGUGUCUUUUAUUUAUUUUUUUGUAAACCUUAUCAACUCAAAUGUGACCCCUUGAGAACUAAAGUCAGCCCGCCCUUGUUUUAAACUCCAAUCUGAGUUCGAGUCCCGCAGUCAAGUUGACUUUUGCUCCAGGAAGCCGCAUUUCCCAGAAGG